AUGGGAGAAAAACAGAAAAGACAACAAAAGCUUUGGAAUGUUCCACGGAUUCCUUGCAUUCGGGUCCCUUGCUCUGCCUACACCCACAACACUCCCUUAAUGAAGGACCUAACCCAAGGGCAGCAACGCUACUUUUAUAGCAUCAUGAGGAUUUACAAUUCCAGACCCCAGUGGGAGGCCCUGCAGAACCGCCAUAUUCACAGCCUUCAGCACCAGCAGCUGCUUGGCUACAUUACGCAACAGGAAGCUUUGGCUUGUGCCACUGUACUUAGAGAUUCAACCAAGAGAGCCUCAGCUAAGGUAGCUCCUCGAAGAUCCAUCCCCUGCAAGCCUUCAGCCGUGACAAGAACAUGGCUGUCAGCACUACCUGUGUCUGUGGUUCGACCCAGGGCUCAAAGAGCAGGGCUUGGAUCCCUCAGGAAUUGAGACUUUGCACAAGCUCUGAAACAGCCCCCUUCCUUCAUUUAAAUCAGCCAAUGACUUUAUCAUGCCCAUAAAAGGAGUUGCCUGAGAUGGAAUUAUAGACUUGCUUGACAAGGGAUGUGCUGACAUCGAUCUGGAAGGAAGAUGCUAUACCAUUACAAGAAAAAAAAAAUACCCCAUUGAUGAUGAUGUUUAUCUUUUCUCUGCAAUCAUUCAUAAAGAAUAAAGUUUCUUGACCUCUG